CGACCCCAAAGGGCAAUGGCGUCUCUGGCGCAGCAAUUCGGUGCCCUGCGCUGCCCUCCACUCUCCACCACUCGUCUCUGCAAAAACAAGAAGAACAAGAAGCCCAAUUCUGCCAGAGUUCUAGUAGUGGCGGCUGCAGCGCCGGCAAACCCGGUGGCCAUAUCCAACGCGCAGACCAGAGAGAGACUAAAGCUGAAGGAGAUGUUCGAGGAAGCCUACGAGCGCUGCCGCACCGCCCCCAUGGAAGGCGUUGCCUUCACUCUCGACGACUUCCACUCCGCCAUCGGCAAGUUCGACUUCAACUCUGAAGUCGGCACCAAGGUUAAAGGAACUGUAUUCAAUACGGAUGCAAGUGGAGCACUAGUUGAUAUUACUGCCAAAUCUUCAGCAUUCUUACCUGUUAGAGAAGCAUGCAUUCACACAAUAAAGCAUGUGGAAGAGGCAGGCAUAGUUCCUGGGUUGCAAGAAGAGUUUGUAAUAAUUGGUGAAAAUGAAGCCGAUGAUAGCUUGAUCUUGAGCUUAAGGGCAAUCCAGUAUGACCUUGCAUGGGAGCGAUGUAGACAGCUUCAAGCUGAAGAUGUUGUUCUCAAGGGUAAGAUUGUUGGUGCAAAUAAAGGAGGCGUUGUGGCAGUUGUGGAGGGCCUUCGUGGUUUUGUUCCCUUUUCCCAGAUAUCAAGUAAAUCAACUGCAGAAGAACUUCUUGAAAAGGAGCUUCCGCUUAAGUUUGUGGAGGUAGAUGAGGAACAGUCUAGGCUUGUCCUCAGUAACCGGAAAGCCAUGGCUGACAGCCAGGCACAACUUGGAAUUGGAUCUGUUGUUGUUGGGACUGUUCAGAGCCUGAAACCUUAUGGUGCCUUCAUUGACAUUGGUGGAAUCAAUGGCCUCCUUCAUGUUAGUCAGAUCAGUCAUGACCGUGUUGCAGAUAUUGCAACGGUACUUCAACCUGGUGACACUCUCAAGGUCAUGAUACUGAGCCAUGACCGAGAGAGAGGUCGUGUGAGUCUUUCUACUAAAAAGUUAGAGCCUACUCCAGGAGAUAUGAUUCGUAAUCCAAAGCUUGUUUUUGAGAAGGCGGAGGAGAUGGCCCAGACAUUCAGGCAGAGAAUAGCUCAAGCAGAAGCCAUGGCUCGUGCUGACAUGCUAAGAUUCCAGCCUGAGAGUGGAUUGACCUUGAACUCAGACGGGAUCUUAGGUCCUCUCACUACGGAUUUGCCUGCCGAAGGCCUAGAUUUGAGCGAUAUUCCUGCGGCUGAAGAUUCACCAUGAUCGCAAGUUGCCAAAAUAAUUUCCCCCUAAUGUAGUGUGAUAUAUUUUCCCUUCAAAGGUUGAUUGAAAGAGCUAUAUAUACUUCAUCCUCCGCUCAAUAGAUAACAUCUUCAAUUGUUGAUUAUGUA